AUGGUGAACUGCGCCAACUGCGGCAAGGACGCAUCCUUGAGAUGUAACGGAUGUAUGAACGCUCCCGAGUAUCACGAUGGAGAUUCUGCAGGUGUCUUCUACUGCGGCCAUGAGUGCCAAACGGCUGACUGGGCCAAGCACAAGAAGAGCUGUAACAACUUGAAGCGUCGCAAGUCAUUGCUCCGAGCAGCCAAACUUCUCAAGGCGACACUCUUGUCCUACAACGAGGUUCUUUUCCACUGGGACCUGACAGAGAUCGAGCCUCGCAACGACGCUCUAAUUCUCAAGCAUGACAACAGGCGUCCAAGCUGGGAGAAGCCCGUCAAUUUUCCAGAUCACCUCACAACCAACAUCGAGCAUAAAGAAGCUGCUCUGCUAAAGCGCGAGGCCCUCCACUCACUGUCGAUUCUUGGUCCAAUGACUAGAAAACUGGUCAAAUGUCUUGUCUCCCGUCUUGAGACCGUUUAUGUCCAAAUCACGAACCCACCCUACCCUGCCAUAAUGGACCCUCCCGACGCGGCCUUCUUUGACAUGAUGAAGCCAGGUGUCCAUAUAAUUGUCCUGGCGACUCUGCGAGGUUCCGACGAAAAAUGGGUUAUUGAUUUCACAGGACGUCAGUUUGGGUUCAAAGACGUUCUAUUUCCCCUUGAGAAGUACAUCACUGAGACAAACUGCAACGUCGAAUGGCCAGCUUCGCCUUACUUUCAUAGCGAAAUCUCCGACCAACAGGAAAUCAUGGCUUUGGAUGGUAUGCCGCCACCAGAACCCAUGGCCGACAUCCUCAGGAUCACGCGGUACCGUCUACACUUUGCGGCGCUGGUCAAGGCAUGCGUUGACAACACCAUGAUCCAAGGCUCUGAUGCCGAGUUCAACAUCAAGGUGGAUGAAUUCUCGCAAAAGGUGAAGACGCACAUGUCCGUCUGCCAAUCCUACUAG